CCACCCAUGAACUGCUGAGUGUCGAAAAGGUCAACAACUCUUUCUCUAACCUUGGGCCAUGAUUUCAAGGGCUCUGGAGCCCUCGCUCUCUCUCUAGCCUGGUUCUGGCCUGUCUCCAGCGUUCCUGGGAAGUAACAUGUGCUUCCAAAGGUGGUGUCUGGCUCUGGAACUUCUAUUGCUGCUUCAUUUGCUCCUGGCAACCGGCAUUCAAGGUCGUUCGGAAUAUCAGGUGACCGCCAUCUCUGGCAGCAACGUGAGUCUGCAAAUCUCCAAUUUGUCUACCAACUACGAACAACUCACCUGGCUUUACAGUGCCCAUCAGAAGAUUCUAGAAUGGGAGUUCAACAAGACUAACUUAUUCAAGUCUAAGUUUAAGAACAGGGUCAGUCUCAAUGGAAACCAAGCACUGUCCAUCUUUAAUGUCCAGAAAGAGGACAGCAGCACCUACAUCCUCAGGGUGUUGAAGGAGUCUGGGAAAGAGGAGGAGUGGCAUAUCUCACUGGAGGUGUUUGAUCCUGUACCUCAACCUAACAUAGAAAUCCAGAAGAAACAGGAAGUGAACAAUAUCUGUCAUCUGCAGCUGUCAUGUAAGAUCCCGGACCAGUCCAUAACCUACACCUGGUACGGGAACUCAAGAGCCUUAGCAGCAGGGCCCCAGAGUUUUAUACUUGAAAUCACCGUUAAUUCAGAAAACCACUCCACGUCUUACACCUGCGAAGUCAGCAAUCCCGUGAGCAGCAAGAAUGACACUGUCUAUUUCACCUUACCUUGUCAACUAGCCAGAUCCUCUGGAGUAGCUUGGAUUGCAACAUGGCUAAUGGUCAUGGUGCCCAUUGUUCUUGGCCUCCUAUGGACCUGAGACAAGCUCUUCUAACUCAAGAGUGAAACUUCAAGACAGCUGGGACUUGCCUUCAUCAGCAACCAUGCUGCUAAUCAAGACAGGAUCACUGUCUACACGGGAUGGUAGAAAGCGUGCUGUUGAAGGGCCUACGAGGAUUUUCAAAUUAACUUUUUUUAAAACUACAGUUAAUAUUUUAUUUUAAAUCUCCUUGUUCUUUUCCAACACACAUACAUAGACACACAUAGGCCCUUGUUCUUAUUCGCCACCUGCACUGGUCUCCCCCUGUGCUCGAGCUGAGCCAGCUCUGGCCCAAUCUCUUUCUCUGUUCUGUCCCCUCCCUGACCCCAGCCUCCAGUCUCCCUCCUCUCCUCCACCAUCUUCUCCCUUUCCAAAUUCUGUCACCACAUUUUCUAUUCGCAUCAUCUUCCCAUCUCAUUUUUCCAUUCUUCUGGUCCCAUCUCACCCUGUGGAUCAUUUCUUCCAUUACUUCUGCUCUUCACCCAGCCAUUUCUGCCUCUGAUGUCUCACCUGCCCACGAGGGUCUGCACAGGCCUUGAUAGGCAAUGCCUUGGUUGGUUUCUUCCCACCAAAAGAUGUGUUCACACUAUGCAAUGUUUUCUUGUUUAAAUAAAUGAUGUGACCAUCAAUGUCAAACUGUCAGACAAUGCCUGCUCCAUUGGCCCGGACAAACUGGAUACAAAGGGGAAGAGCCUGGGACCAUAGGUUACUACGUGUUGGUGUGUCUGACGAUUUAAUUUGUGUUAUCUUUGACUUUUGCUGCCACAUCCAUGCCAAAUCUCCAGGGGUUCCAGCUCCCCUUCCCCAAGUCCUGGCCUCCUCCCUGAGGAGCGUGCUCUUUAGGUUUCCUGGGAAUAUGGGGUCAGGCUUACCCCUCAGGAGUGAGCAUGCAGCUUUGCCACAUAAAAAGAGUCCCUCCCAAGGCUUUCCUGGGGAGCCAAGCACCCCUACUGCCUUUAUGGGCAACUCUUCAAGUCCUACCUGUGUCACAGGAUCUAAUAAACCAUCAAAUGGACAAAAUGUUCUGGCUAAGGUCUUCCAUUAUAGGAAGGUAGGAGCCCCCAGGCCCAGCCCUGACAGAACACCUGGGGUCUCUGCUGUGUGUUCCUCUCCUCCAAGGCUUUCAUGGGCCUGGAGUUGAGAGGGCCACUCAAGGAUGUGUUCCCCCUUCAGGGAACUGUCCCACCACAGAUCACUAUUCCUCUACAUGACCAGCCUUCCCUGCCAUCCAGCCCUUCUCUGUGCCAGAACAUGCUGUGUGCUCACCAAACUCUCUCAUUUUCCUCCUGGGCCGUCCUGGUCAAUUUUAUGCAUCAACUUGACUGGGCGCAGAGGUGACCAGAUGUUUGGUCCAACAUUAUUAUGUGUGCGUCUGGGACAGUUUUCUGGACAAGAUUAACAUUUGAAUCAGUAGCCUGAGUAAAGCAGAUUAUCCUCCCUAAUGUGUGUGGGUCUCAUUCAAUCAGGUGAGGGUGUGAAUAAGCUCACCCUCCCGCAAGUAUGGAGGAAUUCCUUCUGCCUGACUGCUUUUGACCUGGGACAUUUGGAUUUUUUCCAGCCUUCAGAUGCCAUCAGCAGUCCUGGGUCUCCAGUCUGAUGACUCAGACCUUGGGACUUGUCAGCCUCCAUAAUUGCAUGAGCCAAUGCCUUAUAAUAAAUCUGUGUGUGUGUGUGUGUGUGUGUGUGUGUGUGUGUGUGUCUCUUAUUCAUCUGUUUCUCUGGAGGACCCUGACUAAUACAUGGGCCAAUAGAAAAGCUACCUUUCUCAGCUCCUUUUCUAUGUAGUUGGGGCCAUGUGACUGGUUUUAGCCAAUAGAAAAUGGAUGGAAUUGAUGUGACAGGAAGUGAGGGACUCUGAGAAGUGGAGCCACGUCAUGCAAGGGGCUUGGGUCCAAGUCAUCGCAUGGAAGGUGGCUGGCUGGUCUACACUGAACAAGCAUAAGAAAGCUUGGUUUUUGUUUGUUACCACGAGAUAGCCUGGACUCCCUAAGGCUCGCACCAUCCCCUUCAGUCCUGCCUGUGGUUCUAUCCCAGCCUCACCUCUGAUGGGCUCGCACCUUCCAAUGGGACUGUCUAGGUCUCUUUUCUAUAUGCAGUGUCCUUCCCUUUUCCCUCACUUUUUUCAUGGCAGAAGAGGUUUUCUUGAAGGGACAUCCUCACACACACACACACAUACAUGCAAAUGGAAUCAAAGAACAUUUCUGGGGGAAAGGAAUAAGAGGAAAGAAAUGUCACUUUAUAUCAAAAAUUAAAGUAGUCCUUGGCAGCUAAGGAACAGGCACACCUCUCCAGGCAUCAUGUUUCGAUUGGAUCUAGUUACUUGGAGACGAGAGGCAAAUACCGCCUUUGACAGCCCAGGUCACUGGCACCAACUGUUCCCUGCCUCUUUCCCUCAUGGCAGUGCCAGAUACCUAAUUUGUUGGACUUAGUGCAGAAUGAAAAUGUGGGGCCCCUUUUGCAAAAAGCAGGAAAAAAGUGCCAUUCAAUGUACUAAAAUAUAAAGUUUUUUCCUUCAUUCUGUAGCCUUUCUGUACUUGGGAUGAUUUUUUAAAUUGUUAUGUAAUGUUCUAAGUAAAGUAAUUUAAAAUUUAAAUUAUUUUUACGAACGUUAUUUUUAUAUUGUACAAUGUUAGUUUUGAAUGAAAUAUGAGAAUAUUUAAUUUGUAUGUGAAAUCAUCAAAAUGACUCGAUUCAUAUUUUGUAGCUUGUCCAUACAUAUGCAUUUUGUUUUUUCUGGAACAGUAGAAAUCAUGUAAUAAACUAACUUCACUUUUUAUUUU